AGAACGCCAUUGUUUCAAGUAGGGAGUCGAGGCCAGAGCACAGACAGGGUGAUAGUAUGGCGUCAACGAGCCGUGGAGAUGCUCUUCCUAAGGUGCAAUGUCCCAACCACCCUGAUGCCAUUCUGGUGGAGGACUACAGGGCAGGCGAUAUGAUCUGUCCAGAAUGUGGCCUGGUAGUAGGUGAUCGUGUUAUUGACGUCGGCUCAGAGUGGAGGACAUUCACAAACGAAAAAGCUACCAAAGACCCAUCGCGUGUUGGUGAUGCACAGAACCCUCUUUUGAAUGGAGGAGAUCUAACCACAAUGAUCAGCAAGGGCACAGGUGCAGCAAGCUUUGAUGAGUUUGGCAACUCUAAGUAUCAAAACCGUAGAACCAUGAGUAGCUCCGACAGAGCCAUGCUGAAUGCCUUCAAAGAGAUCAGCACCAUGGCGGACAGGAUCAACCUGCCCAGGAACAUCAUAGAUCGUACAAAUAACUUGUUUAAACAAGUUUAUGAGCAGAAGAGCCUUAAAGGCAGGAGUAAUGAUGCCAUAGCCUCUGCCUGCCUAUACAUUGCAUGCAGACAGGAGGGAGUCCCCAGAACAUUUAAAGAAAUCUGCGCCGUGUCCCGGAUCUCAAAAAAGGAGAUUGGCCGAUGCUUCAAGCUCAUCCUGAAGGCGCUAGAGACGAGCGUGGACCUCAUAACUACAGGAGACUUCAUGUCGCGCUUCUGUUCCAACCUGGGCUUACCCAAGCAUGUCCAGAUGGCUGCCACCUUCAUUGCCAGGAAGGCAGUGGAGCUGGACCUGGUGCCUGGCCGCAGCCCUAUCUCAGUGGCUGCUGCAGCUAUUUACAUGGCCUCCCAGGCCUCGGCUGAAAAGAAGACGCAAAAAGAAAUUGGUGAUAUAGCAGGGGUAGCUGAUGUGACCAUUCGCCAGUCAUACAGGCUCAUCUACCCACGUGCUGCAGAUCUCUUCCCCACAGACUUCAAAUUUGACACACCGGUUGACAAGCUCCCUCAACUGUGAAUCACCCCUGCAGUCUAUGCAUCUACUUCUCUUUAUAGUGGGUUUUGUAUGGUGUUGAAAAGUUUUGCUCUUCUGAGACAUUAAGCCUUCUUGAAAGGCUAUGGGCAGGGAUUUAACAAAACUACAGGAGACACAUUCCAAGGUUUAACACAGCUUGCAAUCUAUACUUGACUGAAUUUGAUUUGUGUAAAUAUUGUAUAUAUGUCUAAGUGAGGGCUUAAUUAGUCAGAAGUAAGCAAUUUCAUACUGUAAACAUUUUCUUUUGUAGGAAAUGAUUGAGUUUUGGUAGUGUGCAUUAUAUUUAGUAAUUUAAACAAUAAAUGCUUUUCAGAAAAGCAUGUUGGAGAUCUUGUGAAUUUCAGUAACAUGGAAGGUUGUUUACAAAUGUGGCAAAACAUUUAAGUUGGUUAUGUAUCUGUACCACAUGCAUGGCACUUAAAACACAUCUUUAUUAACCCUUGGAA